GGGGAGUGAUUUUUUACUUUCCCUUUCAGCGGAGAAAAAUUAUUCCUUUGUUCUCCUCAAAUUCUCAAAUUCUCCUCCUCUUCUCCAUUUUUCCCACAAAUCAUUUUGCUUCCGUGUGCGACUGUUGUGUUUUAACAGUUAAAGUGAAUUAUAUUUUUGUGAAGACUGAACCAAAGUGAAAACAAUUAAAAGAAUGCGUCUAUGUCAACAAGAAUAAAGGGGCCGUAGUUCGAAGUUAUACGAAAAGAAACAGAAUAGAAUCGGAUGAAGAAAUUGACAUCAGCUUGACGGAAAAAGAAAUAUUUAUGCGGGAAAAUCAAGUGACGGCGGAUAAUAAGGAAAGAAUGGUUCAAUUUCAUCGCGACACCAUAGAAACCCGCCGAAAGUGGAUUGCCGAUAAAAAGCCUACAGUAACUGAUAUUAUGAAGCGAUUCCCGAGGUUUACAUCUACAAAGGAUGCGAUUGACUGUGACCUUAAAUCUGCCGACGGAUGGGAAACUGCUCUGUUUACGGAGAGGUGGAAAAAAAUAGAAAAGUCCUUGGCCAUCGAAAUUUUGAAAAAACAUGGAGUAUUUCUGGAGCCUAGUGAAUUUACGACGGAUAUAGUUAAAUCUUAUGAAGACCCCUUGUGUGAUUUCAAUACAGCCAACGAGAGAACUCUCUUGAUUUUUCUAUCGCUCCCAGUGCUUUUUCCACCGCGCCUGUCUAGGGCCUUCAAAGGCAAUACGAUCCCUAAUGUCACCAUGCUUUCUAAAAAACUUGUUCGGCGGUUUCCAAAUGGCACUAACUUAGCUGAAGCACUACAACAAGCUGAAUCCGACGGCAUGAUUCAGCCUGGAUUAAUUGUAAUUGGCGAUCGUCGUUACAUCAAGGCUGAUCUCAUCCCAAUCAAAAUUUCUACCUCAUCUGCAGCUGAAUCAAUUUCAAUUUUAUUCGCUGUUUAUCACAUAUUCAACCUUAGUUUCCCUGAACACCUGAAUUUAGUGUACAAUUUUUUGCAAAAUAUGGUGAAUUUUGUUGAAAAAGAGACUUCACAGCCCCCAAACAAGAAAAAGAAAUCGUCAUCAAAGUCCCUAGUAGUCAACGAAUUUUCGAUGAAAAUUCUUAAUCAGUUGUCUAAUCGAUAACAAAUUGUUUUGUGUGACUCGAUAUGACUUCCGAAA